CUACAAAAACAAAAAUAACCAAUCUUGCUUUCAGAGCCCAAAACAAAACCUAACAUUCUUGCAAACGGCGAGUCUCUGGAGCAUCUGAACUCGGACGACCGACCUGGUGAGUGAGUCGCUUCUCUAAAGAACUGCAAACUUCUGGUUCGAUCUCCUUCUGUUUCAACUUUAUUGAAUUUGUUUUGGCUGAGCUAUUGUUGUUACGAUCUACUGAAAAUUUGAUUCUAGGGUUGAACCGAAUGUUCGUUGUCAGCCGAAAGCUGUUUGAAAUUCACCUACUUGAUGUGAUGUUCUGGUUACAAUUUCGCAACUUCUUUGAACGUUGCCGAGAUUAGUAGGUACUGGUUUGGCGGUGCUAUGAUAAAAUUUGAUCGACUGGUUCUUGGUGUUCUUUCUUUUUUGCUAAUUAUGAAUUCUAAGUGCUCUUUAGAACUUUCUGAUCAUUUGCCAGUGUGUGUGAGCUUCUUCAUAAAGUUCCAAUCUUGUCUCGAUCGAUUGCUUGAGUAUUGUGAAAAAUUUCGUCUUUUGUAUAGAUAUGGCAAAAGGGGAGGUGGCAUAUGUAGGGAGGGUAAUCUUAUUCUAUUGGCAAUGUCAUGAGAUGAAAGUUUAGCAAUGAAGGGAUUAUAGAGGGAAGCUUAUAGUGAGUCAAUAAGUUGCGAGAAAAAAAAAGGCUUUCCUCUUUUUUUGGGAGCAGUGAUGGAAGGUUGUUGGUUAUGGGAGGAGGCUGUUUGAGCAAAAUCACAUUCUGAGUAAAUUGUUAGCUGAGCACUUUAUGUCAAUAUCUAGCACGCCUUUGAAGAUGUUCAUGAUUGCAUUGUCUUGGAGUUAUAGGCAAACGAGACACUGCCAUCAUAUUGUUAUAUUAUUUUUAUCAACUUCAUACUGAUUUUGCAUUUUCCCCAGAGCACUAUCCGGAAAAAUGCCAGAAGACGUAGAGUACCGUUGUUUCGUUGGUGGGCUUGCUUGGUCAACAUCUGAUAGAGGCCUGAAAAAGGCAUUUGACAAGUAUGGGAAUCUUGUUGAUGCUAAGGUGUGAUAAUUCUCCGAAUCCCACUUCUCUGGUCGACAUGUUCUCAUAGCCUCAGUGUUCAAUAAUAGUUUCUGUAUUUAAGUGUUUAAGAAACAGAAAAAACUAGUUGCUAUCUGACACAAUAUAGGUUAUAUUGAUUUCCAUUCAAUCAUUGAUAUGUUAAAUUGUGUUGGGCUUUCUUGCUGCUGUCAACCUUGUACUGUGUCUGUGGUUACUGAGGUAACUGCAAGAAAUUUGAAAAUUUUGGGUUGUUAAUUGGAGAUAAGCUUCUUGCUCUGGAAAGGGUGGAAGUUGUUUGUUGCAUUUGCCAUGAUUGGAGAUGCUGUCAACUUGGGAUGAGUAUAAAUUUCUUACUUUUGUCUAUUAUAGGUGGUUGUUGAUAAGUUCUCUGGACGCUCCCGUGGAUUUGGAUUUGUAACUUUCGAUGAGAAGAAAGCAAUGGAAGAAGCUAUUGAGGAAAUGAAUGGGAUUGAUUUAGAUGGUCGAACCAUUAUAGUUGAGAAAUCCCAACCUAGCCAAGGUUCAGGACGAGAUCGUGAUUCUGACCGAAGCCGUGAUCAUGGACGCGAUCGUGGUUCAGACUAUGAAAGUGGAGGCAGGCGUGGUGGUAGUGGUGGAGACUGCUUCAAGUGUGGGAAACCUGGACAUUUUGCUAGAGAAUGUCCAAGUGGUGAAGGAGCAAGAGGAGGCGACAGGUAUGGUGGUCGAGAUGAAAGGUAUGGUGGUCGGGAUGAGAGGUAUGGUGGUCGAGAUGAGAGGUAUGGAGGUGGAAGUAGCAGAGAUGGGAGUCGCUAUGGUCCUGAUAGGAAUGGAGACCGGCAUGGGGGGCGCAGCAGCAGAGAUGGCGGAAGCCGUGGGGGUGAAGGAAGUGAUCGAUAUAGUCGCGACCGCUCUGGACCAUAUGAACGGAGGGGUUCAUGAAGAGAUGAUACAGAUGAGAGCACUAAAGGAACUGCCCUUGUCAUCUGCAUUGCUCUAGACCUGUUAGCCGCAGCUGUGUGGUCGUCGUUAUCGUCUUUUCGUGGAUCAGCCUUGUAGAUCCGCUUCUUAAUGUGCAGCACUUGCAUAAAUGUUGUAGUACUUUGUGUUCUCAAAAUGGCGCCUUUGAUGUUUGUGUGACGGGAUGAUGGAAACAAUGGUUGCUUUGACAUGGAAUUGUAAGGUGGCCGUGGACCUUGUUCUGAAUGAGUUUAGUUUUGGCAUCUGGGUUCCCACGAUCCAUCUACAAAAUCAUAAACAUUCUGAACAGUUCAUUUGAUCAUUUUGCAUUGGCAAGAACCAUUGAUGUGGAUUGGCAUUUGGAGGAACAGUAACUGUACUUCAUACUGUGCUUGAAGUCUGAAUCCUUGGAUGUUUGAAAGUAGAAGGUGACUUAAAACAUGAGUGACUAGUUGGUUAGAAACAGGAAUGGGCCGGGUAAAUCCUUUUUCCUCCCUCACCUUUACCAUAGUCCUGAUCAAUGCUUCUUUUUAUUAAUUUUGUCAAUGUUUUGGCAGGGUUGAUGAUAACUUAUGGUCUUUCUGGGUGCACAUUUUGGCUUGUCUGUUGCUAAUAACAGAAAUACUUUCUAUUUAAAACACUGCUGAGGUCCUUUUGUUGAGGGUAGCAGAGCUUAACAAAAGGCAUCAUUUGAGGUUCUCAUAUUAAGUGGUGUUCUUGUCGAACGGAUGGAAGUGUCCAGCAACAGUUGUCCUUGUUCUUUCAUCUUGUGGAUGUUCUUCCCAAAGAGAAGAUUCUUAUUCUCUGGUCCUCUCUGUGGCUGUUAUGGUUCUCUUUUGGUUGUAACCUUACCGAUAAUCAUACACAUUGGAAGUGUUUUGUUUGUGCUUCUUAGGUUAAGAACUUACUAGUACCCUUGAUGUUUAGAAGAGGCUUCUUCUUCUUCUUCGUCUUUGGUUUCAUACCUGUCUUCUGUAGUUUUUUCAAGAUCCUUUCUAGCUUGACUUCUUGUUUUACCUGUAGCUAAUGCUGAUACUGGCAGUUUUACUUUUCAGUGAAUUGGCAGUAUUGUAUUUUAUAAUGAAGGUUAAAUGAGGUUGGCAUUCUUUACAGUCAGUAGAAUACUCAGGGUAAAGAAGCAGGCAAUCUUGGUGUAUAGGUUUUGAGAGUUUCUUAUGUUCUGCUCCUCCCUAAUGGUUUGAAUGGCUUUCUUUCAUAUUUGCAUAUUUCAUUUGAGACUUUUGAAGCGGUUCUUUGUUGGUUCAUUCAUUGGAGAUCGAUCGGCAUCAUGAUGGCUCCACUUCUCAACAUCAUUAACGAUCCUCCGUAUAAAUGGAGUUUAACUGA